CUUGAGGUCACAAUAUUGGUUUUAGAUUUCCGCGAGCGGCUUUAAGAAUCCCGCGUGGUGGGAAUUCCAGGACUUAAGAUGUGGUUUGUGGGCUUAUUGUCAUUCAGUGAUGUGGCUGUGGAUUUCACCUGGGAAGAGUGGCAGCUUCUAGACACCGUUCAGAAGGACCUCUACCGGGAUGUGAUGCUGGAAAAUUACAGCAACCUCAUGUCCCUGGGUCAUCAAGCGACCAAGCCAGAAGCAGUGGUGCACUUGGAGAAAGGAAAGCAACAAGGAACAGUCGAGAGGGAAUUUUCAAAUCAGUGUAGUCCAGAUGUAAUGUGGCGAGUUUAUGACUGACUUCAGGAAGAUAAUGGGAAGGAUGGACCUGUGGAGAGAGAUCAUGAAUAUAAUGGGAAAAAUAUUUUCUUUGAGCAAAAACAUUGUUCCAUUUAUAGAAGGACCCCAUAAGUGUGUCUCAAGAAGAAUAAGUUUGAAAGACAAUCCAGAUUCAAGUUUUCAGAGUAGAACUUCUGCAGAAAUGAACUCUAUUGAGAUAAAUGGUCAUGGGAAGUCACUUUGCCAUACUCUGCAUGAAUCCUGCCUUACUCUAGCGAAGUACUAUGAACAUAAUUUAAGUGUGAGGUCUUUCAGCACGGUAACAAAUCUUUUUUUUUUUUUGUCUUUUUGCCAUU